GUUUCCUUUAAACUUCCUAAUUAGACUGGUGUUUUUUUUUUACUAUUAAGGGGUGUUAUUUAAUGGUUUUUUGCUUUUCAAACAGAUUACUGAGGGCGAAACUUCAAUCACCGGAGUGCAUCAAUCAGGGGUACGUGCUGGAUGGUUAUCCAAAAACCUGGAAUCAGGCACGGAAAUUGUUCAAUAACAAACUUAUUCUCAACUCAAACUCCACAUCCUCACCCCAAAUUUCGGAAAUGUUCCCCGAGUUUGUGAUGCAACUCGUGGCAACCGAUGAAUUUCUCCACAAUCGUGUACUAAAUUUACCCGAGAGUGAGAUACAGCGUACCCAUUAUAAUGUAGACAGCAUGGUGAAGCGCCUCCGGGAAUACAGGGAGACAAACACUGGAAAUGAUACGACAUUGGGAUUCUUCAUCCGGAAUGGAAUACAUCCGCUUAAUGUGGAUGUCGAGAGGGAGUUUAUGGGUAUUCUCACGAUUUUUCAAAAGUGCCUCGAGACAAUCGGACCACCGAGAAACUACGAACUUGGAGCCGAGGAACGCGCGGCAGAGGUUGUGAUCCGUGAUGUUCUGCGUACAUUGGAGAUCUCAUUUGUUGGGAGUGAAGAGGAGGAGAUGCUUCGUCAAAGGAACAUGACCCGAGAUAAACUUAUGAAAGAACGGAAAAAUAACAUGGAUAACCAACUCAAAGAGGAAGAAUAUAUAUUGAGAGGUCUCGCGGAGCCACUGCGACUCUACUUAUUCAAGCACGUAUUUCCCACAUUGAGUCAAGGUCUUUUCUCCCUCGUGCAGUCGAAGCCUCAGAAUCCCCUGGACGCUCUCGCAACGUAUUUAUUUCGCUAUAAUCCUGAGGGUAAAAUGUAUGAAAUUCUGUCUCAAUUGUCAACGAACAUCACUGGGGACUCAUGUACUGACGUCUCUGAGGAUUUUUCUGAGGAAGAAUUAAAUGACAUGGCGUUUGGCGAACUGACACCUAAAUGAUACAUAAUGUACAAUCGGAAAGCAUGAAUUACUAUAAAUUUUCACAUUGUCUAUCAGAUUUUUAUGAAAUUAGAAAAAUUAGAAGUCUUACCUGUUAUGUUUUGGAGAUCGGGAAUUAAAUCUAGAACUGAUA